UUAAUAUGCAUACGUCAUGAACGUAAAUAAAAUGUUCAAACUGCGAUCACACAACACGUUUGAAAACUGCUGCGAAAGUUGGCGCCUACAACCUGCCGUACAGGUUUUCAACAAUUUUGUCCGAAGAAAUCAUGUACUACAUGUAGUUAUGGACAAACUUGAUCAGCAAGUUUAGAUUAAACUGCAAACCCCUCUCGCUCAACCACUUCAUAUUCCUCCAAUCAGGCGUCGUGUGAUUUGUCAACGUCUACGGUAAAGACUCUCUACAACCAUGCAAGUUCCAGGAAAUCCAUUCCACACAGCGCAGUUCGACAUGAGCAUGGUAACCGGUGGGCACGUCAACAGCCACCAGCACAAUGGGGCGAACGGUGCCCUCAACGGUGGCUACUGCUUUGGCCAGAAAAGGAAGAGGGUGGAAGUAGAGACGAUGGAAGAGCCCAGGCACAAGCGAUGCAACCAUUUCGAGCCGUCCCUUUUCAGAGGUCGCAACUUCCUGCCGGUCAAGGGCUCGGCCAGCGUCUUCCAGUCGGAGGUAGUCAAGCCGAAAGGGGAGACCAUGUACCGACCGCUAAUGGACGACGUUCUGAUCAACAUGCGGCAUAUUGAACAGGUCAGCUUUGAGUCCGGGAUGCACUUCAUCGGAGACCAUCGGGGGAACUACGUUCGCUCCGACCAAGGUCAUGUGAUCAACAUGUGGCGCUUUGACACAAACCAACAGCGUUUAUUUGUCUCCAGGUCGCUACUUUUCACCGACCCCAUGACAUUCAACGAGCUGCGUUGUAUAUUACAGACCAUGUAGACCAAACGCUGGUCUGGGAACACUAUAUAACCCAGCAGAAAAGUACUGUAAAUAGACCAGCACUGUCCGAGCACACUCCCACCCCUUCAAUGGCGUUAGCAUUGUGCUAGCUAUUGUUCAGAUAAUCUGUCAAGGGGCCGUUACUUUGUACAAUAGCUAGCACAAUGGUUUCUCCAUUGUUGGGGGCCUCAUGAGUGUACAGUUAUAUCCCUUGGAUUUGUAUAAGCCCUUUUCACACUAGACAAAUCUCGGGGUUGACACAGGGUUGACCGAGGGUUGAAAACAUGCAUCGUUUCACACUUGAAGAAUUUCAA